GGUGCUGACAGACCUUGCUACUGAAACCGUGCUCCACGGCCAGUAUGAUCAGCGUCACCCGAGAGCUAGCUCGAUGCAGACUCUCAGGUCCACCCCACACCUGCUGAGGCAGACUCUGUGCUUUCACAGGAUCUGCAGACCCUCCGUGUGCACAAGAGAGGGGAAGAGUCUACCCCAGCCCAUUAUGGGGUCUCAGCCUGGCUGGGCAUACAUGUUACCUGGGCAGCUGCUGAAACAGCAUUUCUAAGGGGUCAUCUGUGCAUUCACAGUCUUUAUAAAGUUCCACAGUGAUUCCAAUGCACAGUGUGGGUGACAUUCCUGUGACAAGGGUAUGAGAUGUAGCCGCAGGGCUCCUGCUCUAAAGGGAAAACCCAGAAGGGGAAGGGGAGGCUGUGGGGGAGAGGCUGACUGUGCACUCCAACUGCGAACUGUGGGGAAUGCCCAGGACACGGAGCCCCAGGGUUGUGCUCCCCCCAACCAAUGGCAAAUUGUGUGUGUGUGUUUCUAGGCUGAGGAGUCAAGCUGAAAAAGGCAGAAAGAGCAGCGGUUCACAGGGAAAUGAAUUGUAAACAGGAAGGGAAGGUGGAAGAAGAGAGAAGGCAGGCAGAAAUGAGAGAGGAGGGAGAGGGAGGGCCCUGGGCAGAGACCCCGCCCCUGGCCCACGUGACCCAGCGAAGUGCUCCUGCCCCAGGAGGAGGCCCAGCACAGAGGGAGGAAGGACAGCAGAGCUCACACAUCAGACAGCAGUGCUCGUGAGCAUUUCGGGAGCUGAAGCUCUUCUCACAGAGCGAGGGACACAGCAGACAGCAGACACCAUGAAGCCCCCCUUAGCCCAUGCCCACAGAGGGUGCAGCCCCUGGAAUGGGCUCCUGCUGGCAGUCCCACUCGUAAUCUUCUGGAAGCUGCUCAGCACUGUGAAACCCGCUAUUGAAUCGGUGCCCGUCAUUGCUGCAGAAGGCACGGAUGUGCUUCUACUUGUCCACAGUGUGACAGGGGAUCUUCUAGGCUACAGCUGGUACAGAGGAGAAAGGGUAGAGAACAACCAACUAAUUGCAUCACAUAGAAUAGACGUUAGUACAAGCACCACUGGGCUUGCACACAGCGGUCGAGAGACAAUAUACCCCAACGGAUCCCUGCUGUUCCAGAAUGUCACCCAGCACGACACAGGAUACUACACCCUGUUCAUCAUAAAGAAUGAUUUACGGACGGAAAGACUAGCUGCACAGCUCCACGUAUACCCGGUGUUGCCCACCCCAGUCAUCACCAGCAACAACUCCAACCCCAUGGAGCAGGACACUGUAGUGUUAACAUGUGGGACGGAGACUCAGAACACCUCCCACACGUGGUGGGUCAACAAGCAGAGCCUCCCCAACAGCACCAGGCUGGAGCUGUCUGAGGACAACAGGACUCUCACUUUAUUCCAUGUCACGAGGAAUGACACAGGACCCUAUAUGUGUGAAGCUCGGAACCCAGUGAGUGUCAGCCGCAGUGACCCAUUCACCCUGAACGUCAUCUUUGAUUCAACUGGCCUCUCAGGUGGUGCUAUUGCCUGCAUCGUGAUUGGAGUCCUGGCUGGCAUAGCUCUGAUUGAACCUCUGGUGUAUUUCCCGUAUAUGAGAUAGACUGAAGGGUCAGGGCCACUCUGACAAUUCACCUAACAAGAUUGACGAAGUUGCAUAUUCUGCCCUGAACUUCAAUGCCCAGGAAUCAAAGAAACCAACUUCAGCCUCCUCAUCAGCCACAGA